CGGAGAAGCAGAAGGUUGUGUUGUGGUCAGCAGUCCACGCCUCCGCGCUCAUACAGUGUUGUUGGAGGAGCAGAAACAAGAGCUGAACUGUUGAAGAUUUUCCACAGGCACAGAUUCAGAGACUGAGAUUUUCAUAUUCAGGAACUGAUUUUCAGCAGAGAAUUGCAUAAAGUUCUGCUAAGGGCUGGGAUAGGCUCCAGCACCCCACCGUGACCCAGAAGGAUAAGCGGUUUAGAUGAUAAAUGAUUGACGUCCUGUUUCAAGUCUUCUCUUGCUCCUAGUGUCUGCUUUGCUAAGCUGCUAAAACAGACGAAGUAUAACAAUAUGGCUCCCAGAAGAUGCUCCAGUACUCAGCAAAUGUCAUCUGGUACCCUACAAAUGAACACAUCACACAGACAAACACAGAAACGCAGCAAGGAGAGAACUCCCUACUGCUUAGACUGUGGAAAGAGUUUUACUCGACAGAGCAGUCUCAAAAUACACCAGCGCAUUCACAUGGGAGUGAAGCCGUAUCACUGCUCAGAAUGUGGAAAGAGUUUUAAUCAUCAUAGUAAUUUUCAACGACACCAGCACAUUCACACAGGAGAGAAACAGUAUCACUGCUCAGAGUGUGAGAAGGGUUUCUAUCGACUGAGUAAUCUCCAGCGACACCAGCGCAUUCACACAGGAGAGAAGCCGUAUCACUGCUCAGAUUGUGGGAAGAGUUUUACGCAACAGAGGCAUCUCCAACAACACCAGCUCAUUCACACAGGAGAGAAGCCGUAUCACUGCACGAAGUGUGGGAAGAGUUUUACUCAACAGAACACUCUCAUAUCACACCAGCUCAUUCACACAGAAGAGAAGCCGUAUCACUGCACAGAGUGUGGGAGGAGGUUCAGUCGACACAAUACUCUUCAACGACACCAGCGCAUUCACACAGGAGAGAAGCCGUAUCACUGCUCAGAGUGUGGGAAGAGUUUUGCUUUACAAAGUACUUUCCAAAAACACCAGCAUAUUCACACAGGGGAGAAGCCGUACUACUGCUCAGAGUGUGGGAAGAGUUUCAGGCAUGCAAAUACUGUGAAGACACACAAUCUCAAAAUACACCAGCGCAUUCACACAGGAGAGAAACCAUAUCACUGCUCUGAGUGUGGCAAGAGUUUUAAUCAACGAAGUCAUCUUCAACAACACAAACACAUUCACGCCCGAGAGAAGCCGUAUCACUGCUCAGAGUGUGGGAAGAGUUUUACUCGACAGGCUACUCUCCAAAUACACCAGUACAUUCACACCGGAGAGAAGCCGUAUCAUUGCUUAGUGUGUGGGAAGAGUUUUAAUCAAUCGAGUCAUCUCCGACAGCACAAGCGCAUUCACACAGGAGAGAAGCCGUAUCACUGCUCAGAGUGUGGGAAGAGUUUUACUCGACAGGCUACCCUCCAAAUACACCAGCACAUUCACACCGGAGAGAAGCCGUAUCACUGCUUAGAGUGUGGGAGGAGUUUUAAUCAACAGUGUCAUCUUCGACAACACAAGCACGUUCACACAGGAGAGAAGCCGUAUUACUGCUCAGAAUGUGGGAGGAGUUUUAGUCGUCAGAGUCAUCUUCAGCAACACCAGCACAUUCAUACAGGAGAGAAACCGUAUUACUGCUCAGAGUGUGGGAAGAGUUUUAAUCAAAAGAGUAAUCUCCAACAACACAUGCAUAUUCAUAGAGGACAGAAGCCGUAUCACUGUUUAGAGUGUGGGAAGAGUUUUAAUCGUCUGAAUCAUCUCCAAAGACACCAGCGCAUUCACACAGGAGAGAAACCAUGUUACUCUUCAGAGUGUGGGAAGAGUUUCAGGCAUUCAAAGACUGUGAAGACACACAAGUGCACUAAGAGCAGUGGUGGAAAUGGACAAUAAUAGUUAUAACCGUAACACAUUCUGGGAAUACAGUUCUCCAGGGAAUGGUGCUUGCAGCCCAGAUUUGAAACUGUUUUUUGAGGGAAAACCACCUUUUGUUGUUUUGCGCUGCUUCAAAAACAUGAGCAAAAAAUUAACCAUAACUUCCUGUGCUGAACACCCAGUCAAGCCUACAGCUUAUACACCCAGUGAGAAGGAGUGGUACUUCAAAUUUCCCCCGAAAUUAGUUUCAUAUUCAGUUUAUGUUGAAAACAAUCGAGAAGCUCCACAUUCAAUACUAAGAAAUUCUUUACCUACUAAUUUAGUAUAUUUUACAUACAAUAGUGUGUCUGAUGUGAUAAUGGAUGUUUUAAUGAAUGUUUGACAGUGUGCUUAGCUUCUUGAUCCCCUCUUUUGCUCCUUUGAUUCCUACAUGUUAACUACUAGCUUGUUGCAGUAAAGUGCCACAUUGUCUUCCUUUUUAAUCAUUAGAUGUUUU